UCCGAGUAUUUCUGAGCGGCCCAAGCGCGAAGGCUUGGGGAAGAAAAAUAACCGCCGUGGGAAAAUGAAGUUUUUUUCAAGGAUUCAUCCAAAUGCCCUUGCAUACUCAAUGACGACAUUAGGUGCUGGGAUGAUGAACAGCAUCUUUAAUUUCUAUUAUGUUAAACUCUUUUUAAACAAAUACAAGAUAUCUGAAGCCGCAUUCCAUCAAGCACAGGUUGUUUUUAUGAUCUGGAAUGCCAUUAACGACCCUCUCUUUGGCUAUAUUCAAGACAACUCCAAAGUGCCAUGCUGCUCCAGGCGCCAGUUUUCCAUUUUCUAUGGAGCUCCCUUGUAUGCUUUGGCCUUUCUUCUUCCUUGGUUUCCUUGGAAACAAUAUGAAGAAGGUGACUGGCUUAGCGGACUUCAUCUUAUCGUUGCUUUGUGCGCUUUCGAUGGCCUGCUUACGUUCGUCUUGCUAGCACAGUGUGCCCUCUUUGCAGAAAUUUCAACUAGUCACGAAAAUAGGCUCCAGCUUAUUAAGUAUAAUCAAGUGGCAACCUUGGUUGGCUCCACCAGCAUCCUUUUCUGUGGCUUAAUUUCAGAUAACAUGGAGAACUUCACCUAUUUUCAAGCAUUUGCUGUUCUGGUAGGAGCAGUUGCCACUGCUUGCAUGUGCUACACUGGAAUGUAUAGCACCACUCAGUAUGAACACAAAGAAACUCUAAUGGAGGGAUUUGAUGAAAAUGCUGAGAGCUCUCUCUCUUGGUCCUCUGUGAUUUUGUUGACAAAACAGAUCAUGACUCAGAAAAACUUUUUGCUUUUUGUGACCAUGAACUUCUUUCAAGUCUUCCACUUGGCCUUCUGCAACAAUUUCAUGAUGAUCUUUGCAGAUAACCUCAUCCCUAAGGACGUUCUAUCAUCAUCUAUCAGAAGUAUCAUGUAUGGGGCAGGUUUUAUUUGUCCUCAGUGCCUUGUGCUAAUCAGUCAAAAUUUGUUGAAGAAAUUUGGUUACUAUAAGGUGGUCUUGUUUUCCUUCUACUUGGAAGCAAUAGCUGCCGCUAUCAUGCUUAUUGUAGGUCCAGAACACUACUACUUAUUGGCCAUUUAUCUUACAGCAAACAUGGUCAUUGUUCAAGCUUCUUUCAGUCUGUUUAAUUUGCCUUUGGCUGAUAUUGUUGAUGCAGAUUUAAAGAAACAUAAACGGAGAUCACCACUUUCCUCCAUGGUUUUUGGAACAAAUGCCUUGUUUACAAAACCAGCCCAGUCUUUAGCCCCUAUGCUUGUGGUUACCAUACUAAAUCAAUUUGGUUAUGCAAAUCUGAAUGGGAAGGUUGCUCACCUUGACCCAAGUUUGUUUCUAGGUCUCCAUGAUGCCAUGUUCUACAUGAUCUGCCUGGUUCCUCUUUGCAUUGCACUUAUACAGGUUCUGACGUGGACACCCUUUUCCAUUCAGAAUAGCCACCUUACACUUUGACAUUGAAUUGUAAAUGUGUGGAUCGGGAACCCAACUGUUCUGUUCUACAUAGAGGUCAGCUGAACAAGAACAUUGGACUUCCUUGAUUCAGGGGCAUCAUCUGCAGCCUGAGCCAGUAAAUGCUUCUCUGUUUUAUCUGUAAAUCCUGUGUGUGCCUUAUCAUCAUGCCAUAUCUCUCUCUAGUUCAACUGUACGCAAGUUAGAGAUAUCAAAUAGACUUACUGAGUACACCAAAAUGCCACUACCUCACAUGGACGCCUAAGAGAUAAAUGCAUAAUGGUAUGGUGUGAUUCUGUGAACAAUAAACUUGACACUCUUUUUAGAAGAACUAAGGGCCCGUGAUAAAUCAUAAGAAGCUGCAUUUGAGCACCCUCUCUCAUAAAAUGUGAAAUGCUACCUCUUUGCUGUAAGCAAAACAAGGUCACCCCCCCCCAGGGAAUAUUGGAAAAUGUAUGUUAGAUUUCUCCCCCUAACUCGGGCAUCCCCAAACUUUGGCCCUCCAGAUGUUUUGGACUACAAAUCCCAUCUUCCCUGACCACUGGUCCUGCUAGCUAGGAAUCAUGGGAGUUGUAGGCCAAAACAUCUGGAGUGCCACAGUUUGGGGAUGCCUGCCCCAACUGGUAUUUGGUCUGCAAAACACAACAUGGUUUCCCUAUGUGGGACACCUUAGCUCUGCAGGGGUUGGAAAGAAGAGCAAUGACAGCAUUGGAGCACAUUGGAUAAAUUUGUACAGACUGUUCGGUAAAGAAAGCUUUGGCAGUAUUUAGAGGAGGGGGGAGGCAUGCAUAUCUGCGCUGUGGAGAGAACAUGAACUGGUGUUUAUGUUUACAUACUCAUGACUACAUGAGUAGUGCUGCAGAUUGUCAUUGGCAACGGAAAAGGGAGAGGCAGAGGGGGAACAGUAUAGUUCAUGCAGCAUAGUGGGAAACCCAAUUAAUCCACAUGGUGGAGAUGCAGGUGGCUGCCUGAAGCUUGCACGGAAGCCUGUGGCUUGUGAUGGGAAAACUUGAUAAUGAAAGAAAAAGUCUUUGGGCAUCUCCAAAGCAUAAUAAAUGUGAUUAAAUCAAACUGCUGGGUUUAUGGUAUUGUGGGAAAAAUAAAUUUACUGGGUGGCAGGCUCGUUAGCUUUGGAUUUCUUGGCUGCUUGAUGCCAUGCAAAUAGGGAUAAUCAUAUGUAAAACUGUACUAUAGCCCUUGGAACUUGCAUUAAAAUACACUAUUUGAAAUUGUCUGUCACAUUUUCAUUAUUGUCAAGUAGCUAAAUGCAGCAUUUUGGAUUUGCCCGUGUUAAAGCCUUUUUCAUCUUUUGAAAAGAUGGCGAUUAAUGAAAAACUAAUGCUACUUGAUAUGUUACAAAGUCCGAAUUAUGCCAUAAUAAAUCCUACCAUCCUGUUCUUUAUCCAAUAGAUUAUAUAUAGUAGCACUUUUAUUUCUCAUAAAGCAGUCUUUUAUUUUAUUAAGCCAAUUCUUUUUAGCUCAGUUCUUAAUUCAACAUUGGAGGAACAGACUUAGCCUGUUGAAGGUGGGUUUUUAGGGCUCCUUCCCAGAUUUGUUUUCUUGUAGAAAAGAGAAUUGUGGUAUCAUUUUCUAGCC